CAGAUCGUGAAGGCAGCAGCAGUCACGCGUUGUUUGCCUUCUUAAAGUGCAAAUAUGGCGGACGAUGGAGAAUCGCUGGAGUCCUGGCUUAACAAAGCCACCAACCCCUCCAACAGACAGGAAGACUGGGAGUAUAUAAUGGGAUUCUGUGACCAAAUCAAUAAGGAGCUAGAGGGCCCACAAAUAUCUGUUAGAUUGUUGGCUCACAAGAUCCAGUCCCCUCAGGAAUGGGAGGCGAUGCAAGCAUUAAUGGUUCUUGAGGCGUGUAUGAAGAAUUGCGGGCGACGGUUUCACAAUGAAGUUGGGAAAUUUAGGUUUUUAAAUGAAUUAAUUAAGGUGGUUUCACCUAAGUAUCUAGGAGACAAAGUGUCAGAAAAAGUGAAGACUAAAGUGAUUGAGAUGCUGUACAGUUGGACUGUGUCUCUACCAGAUGAAGCAAAGAUCUUUGAAGCGUAUGAGAUGCUGAAGUCACAGGGUAUUGUUGUAACUGACCCAGAAAUCCCUCUUGAUGCAACAUUAAUACCAUCGCCCUCUCCACGACCCAAGAAUCCUGUGUUUGAUGACGAGAAGAAGAGCAAGAGAUUGGCAGAGCUGCUGAAGAGCAAAAAGCCAGAAGAUCUGCAAGAGGCCAAUCGGCUCAUCAAGAACAUGGUCAAGGAGGAUGAGGUGAGAACACAGAAAGCGACAAAGCAAAAAAGCACACUGGAGGCAGUCAACAACAGCGUGAAACUCCUUAACGAGAUGCUGAUUCACUUCAGCCCAGAAGACUCCACAGACGGAGACAAGGAGCUCAUUAGGGAGCUGUAUGGUGAUUGCGACAAGCUCAGGCAAACAGUGUUCCAGCUUGCAACAGAGACCGAGGAUAAUGACAGCAGCUUGGGAGACAUCCUGCAGGCCAGCGAUGACCUCUCCCAUGUCAUUAAUUCCUAUAAGAAGAUUGUGGAAGGACAGAUCAUUAAUGGAGAGACUGAAGAGGCACAACAAAUACAAUCAUCGGUCAGACAAGGUCACACGAACCAGUCAGAGAUUCUUAUUGACCUGGUGGGUCUGGACACUCAGAGCGUUUCUCUACCAGAGCAUCAACCCCCGUCUUCUCUGUCUAUUCCUGCUGACCUGCUGUGUGGGUCCGCUGUCACUGACCCUCAGUCCCCGAGUCCCAGUGCACCAUCUGCAGCACUCUCUCUGCUGGAUGAAGAGCUACUAUCUUUAGGCCUCAACGAUCCCGCUCCUGUUCCAAGUAAAUCAACACAUGUAAACCCGAGCAAUAAUUUGCCAUCUUUACAGGAUUCCAGUCAAGAUUUGGGUCUUUUUGACAUCACUUUGGCUCCUGCGUUUUCCACAUCUUCACUUCUUCCAGAGGCCCUUUCUGUAUCAGGUGCCCCAGAUAAUUCAGCCAAAUCUUCUAUGACUGCCUCUGCCUUAAUCUUCCCCGGCCCCAUCUUCUCUGCACCUCCGGUUUCUACAGUAUCUGUCUCAACGACGUCAGCCAUAUUCCCGCAGCCCCUCAGCUCAGUAUUGACCACCAUGACCCCAGCUGCUCUUCCUCAGUCAUUCAGCAUGGCCUCGCCUGCUAUCUCAGCCACCCCUGUCAGUACACAACAGGUCUCCACUGGAGUGUCCCACAUGACUUCAACUUCUCUCAGUCACAACCUGCAAGACCUUGCCUUACUGGAUCUGGGCAGUCCUAAAAAUAUACCAGGUGGGGUUGACUCUGGCAGCUGUGUGGUCAAGAGUGAGGAUCUACUCGCUCCUCCUGCCCUCUCUGUCGGUCCAGAGGUCACCUCUACCACUUCCACCUCACUUCUCCUUGGAGAGAUACAAGGAGGGUCGACUCCCCCACCUGCCAAGAGUCAGGCAGAUGACAGCCCUCUGUUACGCUCUCUGUCCCCCAUCCUCCCUCUGAGCCAGGCCAGUCCAGGCAAGGGACAAGAAGUGUCCCUGGCCAAUGUAUUUGUUCCUUUGGAUGCCAUCAAGCCAAGUCAAGUGUGUCCUGUGACAGCAUAUGACAAAAACGGCGUCCGAGUUCUGCUGCAUUUCGCCACCGACUGUCCGGCAGGCAGACCUGAUGUACUUGUGAUGGUGGCGUCCAUGCUUAACACAGCCCCGCUGCCUGUCAGGAAUAUUGCUCUGCAGGCUGCUGUGCCCAAGACGAUGAAAGUGAGACUGCAAGCACCCUCGGGGACAGAGCUGGCUCCUUUUAACCCGAUCCUUCCUCCUGCUGCCAUCACUCAGGUCAUGCUGCUUGCCAAUCCUCUCAAGGAAAAGGUUCGGAUGAGAUACAAGCUGACAUUCAUGCUGGGAGAGCAGCCACACACAGAAGUGGGGGAGGUGAAUGAGUUCCCGCCUGCUGACAGAUGGGGGGCUCUAUAGCUGUGCAAACCGACACUACAAGACUCCAUCAACAAUUAAAUUUGUCAGUGCAGCUCAGAGAUCAAGAGGAAGGGCAGUAUUGGUAGACUUUUAUGGAAACUUUGAAGAAUAUAACAUAAAAUUUAAUGGACCUUGAAGGAGUUUUUCUGCUUGAGAUGGCCCACUGAAGUAGCCAAAGUCCCGUAGGGUGAAUUCAACUUUAGUUUUUUGACAGUGCCAGAGGUAGUUAGUAUGGUGCAGUAACAAAUGAUGUGAAGUGGUUGAAUGUGGAUGAAUGGUUAUGUGGGAAAAUCAUUUGCUAAUGUUAAAUAAUAACUCAUCAGGUUUUUACUAUUAUUAUACUGUCCUCCAAUGCCAGGCAGUUUUAAUAAAGAGCAGAAACACAUGUUGAAGGAGAGUAUGAAGCCAGGGUCAUAUGAACGUGUGACCACAACCUGCAUUUCAUGUGAUUUGCUGCCGACUAUAUAUGAUGACAAUGUUUGACACUAAGAACAUUGGACUGGAGCAGACAAGAGCCUCUCUGCCUCUCCCUCUGCUAAAUAAAAGGCACCCGCACAUUGGCUAUGGAGGCAAAUAAAAGACAUAUGUGUUUGAUAUUUAACAGCUGUUAAAUAUUUAAUGUUUAUAUUUAAACAACCCUGAAUUCAUAGUGUUGGCAUUUUACUUUUAAUACCAUUUGACUGAAUGGAUUUGGUCUGAAAUCACCACUUUGAAAUUAAAAUGUGAAAUUUCUUGAUUUGCAAUUUCAAUCUAAAAAUUCAAGUUUAAAAUUCUCAAACAGAAAAAUCUGCCAAAUUCAGAUUUAAAAAAUCGAGGUUAAAUUUUUAGUAACAUUCGGGCUACCCCACCUGUUCUGACUGGGGUAGGGCACAAUGUUGUUAUUUUUAAUUUUUCAACUUGAGUUUUUGGAUCUGUCGAAAAAAUAUUCGGUUUUUGAAAUUGCAAAUUAAGAAAAUUCACAUUUUAAUUUCAAAGAGAUAAAUCAAUAAAUCAUGAAUUCAGAUGCAUGGUUUUCAAAGUAAAAUUCUGAAAUGCUAUUAAUACAGUGGUGUUUAAGUUUCAAUACUACGUAUUCAGUGACCUUUAAAAUUCAAAUACUUACAUCUCUUAUUUGCAUCCAUAAUUGCUCAGUAAGAAUUAUUGACCUUGUUGACUUCCUUCACAGCCACUACUAAAUACUUUCACUUGUCCUCUGAGUUCUACUGUAACACAUAGCUCAGACUCUUGGUAUGCUUUUUUUUUUGUUUUUCAGUAUUUAUUGACAUGAAUGUAUUAUUUAUUUUGGUUUUUGGGAAGAAGGUAUCAGAACCGUUAAUUUCCUGUUUGGUGUUUAAAUCAACCGUUGUUAUCUUUCUGCGCACUCUUCUUAUGAUAGACUCUUACAGUAUUGCAGUAAGAUAGGCACAAAUCAGUCCAGUGUUACCAAAUAUUCAGACAGACACUGUAAAGUUACCAAAUAUGCAGACAGACAUUUUAUAAUGUUACAUUAUGUAGCAACAGGGUGGAUUCUGAUGAAUUACACAUCCUGUUACCUGCCCAGACUGUGCACCCUGGAUAGCAUUUUAGUGUAAAGAUGUAAUUCCUGCAGAAUGAGACAGCAGCCUUGUGCCAGAGACAUUAGCCCAAUUUACUUGGUAGGUGCAACAUGAGCGGAUAAGGGCAAGGAUCACAAUAAGUGGAUAUGCUUUAGGAACAGCUGACCAGCUGAUAUUUAAUCUCUGGAGACAGAAAGUAUUAUUGUUGGACUUUAAUUAAAUGCCAUGCACAGCUUUGCCCUCACUCCUGCUGUUGGACAGUGUUGCAGACAUCAGGUUAGUAGGAGUAAAGACAUUUACCCUGGGUCAAUAGUAAAUGUUUAGCUUGUGUGGGAGUUUCCUAUGUCAAACUAGGAAAACAUUACUUUGACAAAAUCUUGAGAAAAUACUGUAUAUCAAUAGUAAAAACUUGAUGGUUGAUUCAAAGCAUUAGGCUUACCAUGUCUUCAUCAAAAACUGUGACUUCUUUAUUUUUGUCUUUCUGGGGCUAUUAGUGCUAUAUAGGAGAAUCUCUACAUAUUUCUUAUAAAACUAUUUAUUUGUCUUAGAUUGUUAAAUGAAGUUGUCAUUGUAUAUUUUUUGAAAAACUAUUUCUGUGCAUGGAAAAAUAAAGAAUGAGGUUGAUCUAUUUGCA